AUGUUGCUCAGAAGGGUUUGCCAUCCAAUCCUGUCUACUAGAGGUGCUUUAUCCUUCUCGAAGAGAUUCAUGCAAACAAAUGGUAAAGUCAUUGAUAAUUUUACUAGAAGGAAAGGAGGGACAGGAUCAGGUCCGUUUGUAGAGUUACCUGAAUUCGAACAACUACAGGAUUCUAUUAUUGCAAAACUUCCAGCUUAUUGUACUAUUUAUGGUAAUUUGAACAAAAUUUGUGCCUUAAAUGUCGAUUCGAAUGCCUUAAAUGGACCAUUUCUUGCUGAAGAUUCAGAAGAAAUCAAUUGCAUGACUAAAUUUGCUACAAAAGAAUACCCAGCAAACCUAAUGAUGAGUUCCCCAGUACCGGCUUCAAGCAUCGCAAUUUUGAAGUUAGAUGAUUAUAAAAGUGGUAUUAAGAUUCGUAGUUUCGACGAUAACGUACUCUGUUAUAGUGGCGAUCUCUCUAAAUCUGACGAUUCUAUCAUAAAAGGUUUAGGUGUAGUAGCAUUAUGUGGUUCAGGUUCUACAUAUCGGAUGAGUGUCCAAAAGGAUGAAGUAAUAAUGAUUACACCAGAAUCACUUUUAGCUCAUGAUUCUAAUUUGAAAUUAGAGCUAAUUGGCCUAAGAUCCCACUUCAAGCUUCCACUUAAAUUGAAACAGUUUAUAAUAAAAUAUGCAAAUCAUUUUUAUGAAGAUAUUAUGCUGUAUUCUACAAAAUUCUUUAAAAAGGAUAAAAUGUUUUAUAAAAUCAAAGGUCCAGGUACCAUUAUCCUCCAGAAUAAUUUCAUCCCUCAAUCAAAACUAUAUUCCAAUGAAGAAUUAAUAAAAACUAUUAAAUAA